AUGGCAAAUGUGGUUCAGGAAGAUAUCCCAUGGCCACCGAACGACCCAUGGCCACCGAACGACGAAGAACGUCCUCCACCAAAGCAGUUCCAAUCUUACCCUCCUCAGCAACAGCCAGUUCAGCCACAGCAACCGGUUCAACCAAUGCAGGAACAACAGCCUUAUCGACCGGAGAACACUACUCCUCUCCCCCGCAACCGCCUUAUCGGCAGCCUUAUCGACCGGAGAACACUGUUCCUCUCCCCCGCAACCACCUUAUCAACCAAUUGUCGAAGAUACCACUCCAGUCCACCCUCCCCCACUCCAAUUGUCGAGGAUAUCACUCCAGUCCACCCUCCCCCCACUCCAAUUGUCGAGGAUAUCACUCCAGUCCACCCUCCCCCCACUUCAAUUGUCGAGGAUACCAUUCCAGUCCACCCUCCCCCACUCCAAGCGACGGCCCUCCACGUCAGCCUCAACAACAGCCAAUGCAGUCAAUUCAGCAACAACAGCCUGAGGAUACCACUGAAAUCAUGCUGCAGCACCAUAGUGUGUUGUAGCUACCCUUCAUGGUGGCAAUGA